UCUCAAAAGCUAUUUGCUCCUCAUUUCGUCAUAGGAAACAGCAAUCCGGUUUCUCAACAAAACCCUGCUUGCAUUGGUUUAUUGUGUUCUAUCUUUCCAUCGAAGUUCAAUCCAACUGCAUGGCAUCUACUUCAGAUAUUAACACAGGGUUUCAGCCAGAGAAUGAGAAUAAAAAUGCUUCUCAAGAAAUUCAAGCAGUUACAUCUACUCCUGCUACUUAUUCAGUGGUAAGCCUAUUUUCAUCCUGCUUUGAAUGGUGCUCUCGCUUCUUUUAUACGCGUUUAGAUCAGUCCAAUUCCGUGGCAUCUACAUCCACCGCAAUUAGUCAAUCACAGAAUGAGGUUGCAAAAGCUUUUCAAGACAUGGCACCAUACCCAUUAUCUUCUGGCACGAAAAAGCUGCCCUACGAUAUAUUCAUUAAUCAUCGUGGCCCCGAUGUCAAAAGACCGCUUGCAACCGAUCUCUAUGACACCCUAAAUGGCAUGGGCUUAAGGGUUUUCCUUGAUUCAGAAGAGCUUGAAUUGGGGGAUUCCCUGCCUAAAGAAUUAGAAGAAGCAAUGCGCAGUGCUUCACUUCAUCUAGCUAUAUUUUCCAAGAACUAUGCCCAAUCUCCUUGGUGCUUAGCAGAGCUUUCAUUUAUGCUCAAAACUGGCACCCAAAUUGUACCUGUUUUCUACCAUAUCAAACCUGAUGAUGUCCGAUAUGCAAAUGGAGUCUUCGCUGAUGCAUUUUCCCUGCACGAAAAGAAGGGUAGGCACACGCCAGAGAAGCUUGAGGAGUGGAAGAGUGCACUCUACAAUAUUCCAUAUGAAAUUUGUCACAUUGUUAAUACCAAGGAUGACGAGGUGGAGCUACCCAAGAAGAUAGUUAAUUGUGCUUUGAAAGUAAUAAAAAAUGUGCCGUUUGUGGUUGCCAAACGUCCAAUCGGUUUAGAUGAAGUUCUAAAUGCCUUUGAAAUGACAAUUCAAUCUGCUGAACACUGUCACCCUGUGCAUGUUGUGGGAUUAUGGGGCAUGGGUGGCUCUGGCAAGACUACUCUUGCUAAACAAUUUUAUAACAACAAAUAUAAAUCUAUGGAAAAGUCUAGUUUUCUAUUUGAUGUUAGAGAUGCUGCUGAUAGAAAUUUAUUGCAUGCUAAGCAGAAAGAACUACUGGAGGCCCUUGGCCUCAAAGAUGUACAAGUGGACAGCAUAGAAGCGGGGAAGGGUAUGAUUGCUAGCCGAUUGAAAUCUGUUCGAGUAUUGAUGGUGGUGGAUGAUGUGGAUAAUGUGAAACAAUUAGAUGCAUUGUUACCUAACAAGGACAGUUUUGGAAGGGGUAGUUUGAUCAUAGUCACUACAAGAGAACUUGAAGUGCUUAGAUCUUGGGGAAUUUCCACGGUUUAUAAAAUGAAAACAUUGGAUCCACGUCAUGCUGAACAACUUUUUUGUUGGCAUGCUUUUUUGCAAACCUCACCACUUCGAGGGUUUGAGUUUUUAGUUAAAGAUUUCAUUAAUGCUUGUGGUGGAUUACCAUUGUCUCUGAAAGUUGUUGGGGCACAGUUAUAUGGCAAUUCUAGUAAAGAUUAUUGGAAACAACAAUUGAUUAAGAUCUCGAGAAUACUACCUAAAAAUAUCAAAGGAAGGUUAAAAGUAAGUUAUGAUGCUUUAGGUGAUGAAGAGAAGGAAAUAUUCUUAGAUAUUGCAUGUUUCUUUAAUGGAGAGGAGAAAACUUUGGUCCUUACUGUUUGGGAUGCAUCAAGAGGGAAUGGUCUACAAAGUUGGGAAAGACUUCUCAAUAAAUGUCUUGUUGAAUUGGAUGAUGAUGGUGAGCACAUUAGAAUGCAUGACCAUUUAAGAGACUUAGGAAGGGAAAUUGCAAAUCAACGGUCACCAUACCGCAUUUGGUUUCCACAUCAGAUAAUUAAAGUUUAUAAUGAAGCACAGAGUAUUCGCAUUCGAGGAAUAGCGUCUACAACAGCUGGAUCCAGAAUUGGGAGUGAGGAGUUUCCUCGAUGCUCGCCGGGCGGGAAGGUCAUGGUUAACACAGACGGAGGACCUUGUGAGCUGACCCCAUCUUCGCUUGGAUUAAAGAUUUUUCAGGUGGCAGGAAGUUCUUACAAUGAAAUAGUUGGGGAUAUAUCAAGAGAGUUGUUAUGGCUUCGGUGCUUUGACGUUGGGCAGAGAAAUCUCAGCUCAUUUCGUUCAUUGGAAAAUUUGAGGGUAUUAGAGCUCCAUGAAAAAGAUGAUAGACAAUUAGAAGAACUAUGGGAGACUGACAGUGAUGCUCCUGUACAGUUAAGAGGGUUGGUUAUUUCAUAUUGUUACAAGUUUCAGAGAUUUCCAAAUUCAAUAGGUUGUCUCAGUCAUCUAAAAAAAGUAGUCCUUAAUAGCGCAAGUUCUCUGAGGGAUCUGCCGACAGAAUUUGGCCUUCUGCGAUCGCUGGAGCACCUGGAAUUAAUAUGGUGCGUUGAGCUAUCAUCGCUACCCAGCAGUUUCGGCGAUUUGAAUAACCUGAGACAUCUGAGUUUGGAGGGGUGUGAGAAGUUGAGAUCGUUGCCAGCCUCUUUUAAGAAGUUGAUUUUCCUGCAACAUCUUGAUCUGAACGAAUGUGAAAGACUCAGCUUGCAGUCAGACCUGCUGGAAGAAAUGACAAAGCUCGAGUAUGUGAACCUUUCUGAGUGCAAGCGAGUGGGACUGUUGCCUUGUGACAUCACAAAUCAGGAAUCGUUGAGGGAGCUUGACUUACGUAGUUGCAAGAGGUUAAGGGAGAUACCAGUCAACAUUGGUCAUCUGGGCAAGUUGCAAAUAAUGAGCAUAGGGAGUGAGCUGCUGACAAGAUUGCCGAACUCUCUUGGAGAUUUGUCAUCUUUGACCGAACUUCGGAUUGAAACCUGUCCCGAGCUGGAGGGUUUACCGGACUCUCUGGGUUGUCUUAAUAAAUUAGAACGUUUGUACAUAAUCUUUUCAGGAGUGAAAUGUUUGCCAAAAUCAAUUAGGCAGCUGCAUAAUCUUCAAAUACUUGUUAUAGGAAACUGCCCUACGAGUGAAUUGAACCUUGGGACAGGGCCGUUUCCUUUUUCAUUGUGCAACCUUACGUGGAUGUCGCUAUCGGUGAUAGAAGUGUCCAGCAUUUCUAUAUCUCCAGAUUGUUGUCCCGUUCUUGAGACUCUUCGAAUUAGAAAUAUUGAUAAUCUCACGGAUAUAGAAGUUCUACCAACAACAAUCAAGGACUUAGAUUUGCUGGGGUGUAAAAUUCUGAGGAACAUCAGAGGCAUAGUUGGGUUGGUAAACAUUCAAAAGCUGAAAAUAGACAGGUGUCCUAUGUUGGAAGUGCUUCCCAGUUUUGCACAAUUAGCUUCUCUCCAAGAACUUGUUCUCAUAGGUUCCUACAGAGUUCAGAAAAUACAAGGCCUGGAAUAUUGCAAAGCAUUAGAGGAGUUGAGAGCAGAUACUAGGUGGGAGAUACAGGGUAUUGAGAGUUUAGGGCUGGAAAAAUUGAGGAGUGUAAAACUCAGAGCAAAUAGGAGGUCAGGUGUUGAAGUUUGCAUUCAAAGUAUUCAGAAAUGGCCUGGAGAAAUGUUAGUAUGUACGCGGGCAGUCGGCGAUGCUGCCUCACUUGUAAGCUCCUUCGUCUUUCCAACUCUCUCUCUUGUUGACUCUUUUGCCAACCAGCAAAUUUCCUCCAAGCCAAAAUUGGUGCAGAAGCGAUUGCCCAAUGUUGACGCCGUUAUUGUUUGUUUUGUUAUAAAUUGUACGACUCCGCGUAUGCAAUUGCGAAUAUCUUUCAUAAAUGAUGAAGUAUUUUCAACCGAGGUAGAGGAGGGUACAUGGUUGUGGAUAGGUUUCUUCACACAAUGUUCCAGGUCUCAGGCAGCAGAGUACACGAUAGAGAGAUAUUCAGGCGAAGGUGAAGUGGAGAAAGGAUUGUUUGUGACUGGAGAAGAGCAGAGACUUGUGGAUGAUUUUCGCGGUUUAUGGUCGCUUUUAGCAAAUUGAUAUACCGGAGAAGUAAAUUGAAUUGAUUUUAUUCAUCAUUUGUAUUCUUCUUUUGUUGUUCAUUUAAACUUUUGUAUGUCUUUCACUCUCA